AUGGCGAAACUUGACUACCUUCAAUACAAGCUGUCCGAAAUCGAGCUCGGACUGAAAGAGCGUGAUGAAGAGGUGAAGGAAAAGCUGACCAAACUCGAGGAAUCGAUCGACGGCAUCCAGUGGGCGAUUUAUCGACACGAUCGAGAUGCUGGCCAUAACUUGACAUCGUUGAACGCUCAAUCUCGGAAGAUCCUGGCUCAACAAACGGCGUGCGCUAACCAUGAACAGAUGCGGAUGGAAAUCGCACAACUAACUUCGAAGACAAAUGCUACCAGCUACAUGCAAUGGUUCACAAAACAAACCUCUAUCAAGGGUGCAUUAAAGUCGUGUAAGGAGGCUCCUGCAAACAAAUCCGGAGUUUAUUCGAUUCAGUUGGGUGAAGAAGGAAAUCCGUUUGAUGCGUUUUGUGAGCAGAACAGCUUCGGUGGCGGAUGGCUGGUCAUUCAGUAUCGAUUCGACGGAUCCCUGGACUUCUAUCGAAACUGGACGGAGUAUCAAAAAGGAUUUGGAAGUUUGGACCGUGAGUUCUGGAUUGGAUUGGAAAAGAUUUACCAGCUUACAUCGAGUCGGCCGCAUGAAUUGAUGGUAGAAGUCAAAGACUUCAGCGGUUCUUACAGAUAUGCUCAUUACGAAAAAUUCGAAGUUGGUAGGGAAGUUGAGCAGUAUAUUUUAAAGACUCUCGGGACAUAUAAUGGUACUGCGGGAGAUUCGCUUCGGAGUCAUUAUAAUAUGAAAUUUUCUACAUUCGAUCGAGAUAACGAUAACGAUAGUAGUCAAAAUUGUGGUGUUGCAAGGCAUGGAGCAUGGUGGUACUACAGUUGCACAUCUUCCAACUUGAAUGGUAGAUACGCAAACUGCCACACAUCGUACCGCAACUUCACAAUUUGUCCGCACCAUCAUCAUCACCAUCAUCAUCAUCAACGGUAG